CAUUUCCUCCAUUUUCUUUCUGUGUUCAGCCUUCGGCAUCGACCCAGCCGGGUGGCGGUGCCGCGAGCAAAGCAGAUUGCUCCGCGUACUUGGAGGAGACUCAGCUGAUUUGGAGGAGGUUGGUACCCGAAGCUGAAGCGUCGUUAGUGGUAGCAGCGGUAGCAUUGAGCCCCCGGCUGUCUUUGUGGGAACAUGCGAUCCUGCUGCUGGUGCCCGGCAAGUGAGUGAUCUCUCGGCCUGCCCGCCACUUGGGCCAGCGUUUCGUUCCCGCCCCGCUCAGGCAAUGACAGCAGAUCCGGCCUCCCCGCAGUGGAUAAGGGACAGACUGCUUGAGGCCAUCGACCCCGAGAGGAACAUCCAUAACAUGGUGGCUGUACUGGAAGUUAUCAGUAGCUUGGAGAAAUAUCCCAUUACCAAAGAGGCACUUGAGAUCCAUAACACAGUGGCUGUUCUGGAAGUUAUCAGUAGCUUGGAGAAAUAUCCGAUUACCAAAGAGGCACUUGAGGAAACAAGAUUAGGGAAGUUCAUCAACGAUGUAAGAAAGAAGACAAAAAAUGAAGAGCUUGCCAAAAGGGCCAAGAAAUUGCUGCGAAGUUGGCAAAAAUUCACUGAACCUGUAACUUCUGAGACUGUUCCCCACUUGUUAUCAAACCCACAUGGAUUAGCGAGCAGUGGUGCUCAGUACUGUAGGCAAGAUACAUUACCUACUACAGUUGCUGGUUCAAAGCUAAAAACCACAAAUGCCAUACCAAAAUUAAGCACCCCAAAAUCCGUAAAAGUGAGAAAUAGAAAAAAAAAGAGUAUUCAAAGAGAAGGACAUCAAAGCACUCCUUCCAAUGUAUCUAAACCCAGCUCUGAAUCAUUACAAAGCGCUUCUCCCCUUCCAACUAAUGGGAUCAGAGGAAACUCUGAAAGCUUUCCCAGUUCUCUUGACUUCAAGAUGUGCCCAGCCUCUGAAAACAUCAGGGCAGCGCGUAGUGAAAAUGAUAAGCAUAGUAAGGUACCAGUUAAUGCUGUGAAACCUCACCCAGGUUCUCCAGGAAUUUUAAAGCCUUCAAGCACUUCUUCGCAAUUUAAGGCUGCAGUACUUCAGCAACAUGAAAAUCUAGGAGAAACCACAGGGCAGCACCAAACCAGAAAACUGUGUUCACUUAGUCCAACAAACUUAAAAAAUGAAACAUUUGUCCAGCAACAGAAUGUGAAGCAGUCAAUGGCCAAUCUUUCUCAAAGAUCACAGUUUCCAGGCCUUUCCCAGGUGGUAGCCUUGUCCCCACCUCUAAUUUUACUUCCAUCUACAGCUCCUAAGGCAGUAAAAUUACUGGAAACUUCACCUCAGUCAGGAACUGUUACAUCUCAACACUGUCAGGAAUGUGUGUCUUCUGAAAAUUUCCUCUGCCAUUCAGAACGACUACCUUUCCAGAACACAUCUCCCAACUUUGAGGUCAGUUUUCAUUGUGAAGAAUCCCAUAUUGGGUUUCUCCCAGAUGCUAUAACAGUGGACACUGUUGAUUCUCCUGCAGAGUCGGCCAAUAAAAAGAAGAAAAGGUACAGAUCUAGAGAUUAUGCAAUGAAUUUAGAUGAACUAGUGAGAGAGGGGGGUCUUAAACCUGUAAGAUUAAAAAAAAGGAAGCUUACAUUUAAUCCCAUGACAAGACAAAUCAAGCCCCUAAUGCAGAAAGAUUCUUCACAAAGAGAUAGCCCUGCACGUAUUGAACAGCACAGAACAGAAAGGCAGGAGCGAAAAAGCAUUCUGCAAAAUCCAUGUGAACAAACAAAUUGGAAAGAACUGUCCAGAAAUGAAAUGAUUCAGACCUAUUUAAACAGACAGAAUAGUUUUCUGUCCGCUUCAGGUGUACAAAGUCCCGGAGCUUAUCAUUUAUUGAGUGAAUAUUUGAAAAAGGAAGAAAACAUUAGAAAAGAAACUAGAAUGACUCAUGUGCAGAUAUCAAAAAUCAUAUCCACAGACCUACCCGGGAUCAAUAGAGAGGUCACAAGCAAUGAUCUAUGCAGACUAUGUGAAUCUUACUGGCCAGGUGUGAAUGGUUGUUAUGAUACACAGGGUACUUGGUAUAAUUGGACACAGUGCAUAUCUGUAGAUCCACACGGUGAUGACAGUAGACUGAAUAUUUUACCUUAUGUCUGCCUAGACUGAGUGCAGCUUUUGCAAAAGUACUUUAAAAAUAGCAAAAGCCAUUUAAAAUGGAGAGUGAACUCCUUGUUGGAAAACAGAGUAGGAAGGAGAUCAUCAAUAUAAAUUCACCAUCUUUUAUAAAGUGCUGCUAAUAGUUUGCUAACAAAAAAUAGCCAACAGAGAGUAUCCCAAGAUUGACCAAGUGUGUUCAAAACUUCAUUUAACAUUAAUCCCCCAACAGAUGCAGAUGAUUCCCAGCUCCUACCAAUGGUUAAAAUCUUAGUUACAGUAUUUACAAAAUUUACAGUGUUUACAAAACAUUGUGGAAGAAUAACUUUUUGGUUUAAUUAGUUUUCCUUAGCCUGAGACAGAACUUAGAAAAUCCUGAUUUUAUCUACAUUACAUUUUCUUUAUUCCAUGAAUACUCUUAAUAUUAUGGUACAUAAGUUCUCUUAAAUAGGUAGAGUCUAGUUAGCCAGUUUUGCUCAGCAUUGCAUAGGUGCCAUAUAUUUUAGUCUGCUUUCAUUGAAAAUUCAG